CGGACGGCAACAAGCGUGUCGAACGAUAAGCCUAACGCAUGCUCAGGCUACACGGCCUGAAGACGACAGUACAGAUGUAUGCUCCCGCUAUUUGGUAAAAACCUGAAUUUCAUCAUAAGGGAAAACAAAAAGAGAACCCUUGUCGUGAUCCAAUUCAGGCUAGUACCAAAUACCGGAAUGAUUCAACAGACAACUUAUGGUCUGUGGUUGCUCGCAGCAGCCUUUCCGAGCAGUCCGAUAAUCAUCUUCAUCCCCGAGGAGAUCACCCAGGAUCUGAUCAUGACUUGCAGCAUCUUAAUGUAGCCUCUACCGUUGUUCGCCUCACUAUUUCGCCAACGCUCGUGCCUCCUCCGUCUUCCAGCGGAGACCCAGGAUUGGGUUCUUCUAGCAUUAAGGCAACUCCAAGAGUAAGAGUAAGAGAGUACUGCUUCUAUGAGCUUCCUUUAAAUUUCAAGAGGUAAGUGAAGUUAAAUAGCCUACAACAAUCUAUUCUAAACACCAUUUUAUUUCAAGGGGAAAAACAGCACGAGACUACUACUACAGAGCUGCUCCUCGUCAUCCGCUUCCUUUUCAAGGGGAAAAAGAAGUUCGCAAGGACUUGACUCAUCUCAGGGAACAAGAUGCGACGCGGUUCUGGUUCUAAUAGUGAUGUCGUGGGUAGAAGAAUGCUCGGAAAUAUAGGAUCAAGCGGCGGACACGGCACAAUCUCGGAAGACGCGGAUGAUCCUAGUUCAUCUUCAAGUAAAAAAAAUAGUAUGGCCCCCGCACAGG